AUGUCCCUCAUCCGCCUCAUCAUACGCACCGCGCCGCCGACAACACAGUCCAUCCCCUCCCUACGGCUAUUCACGCUCCGUCCUCUACUCCGAAAAUCUCUUCAACCCCGUCAGCCAUGUAGUCCGAGGCGGCCUUUCGCCUCCGCCGCCCCGAAUCCCGCCCCCCGGACCGCAACAUCAAACCCGACCGGCGCCGGGGGCUCUGCCCGGACCGGAAACCCUCGCACCGGCCGCACAGCCUUCCUAGCUUUUUGGAAGAUCACGAGUGUCUUCUCGUGCGCCUUUUUCUGCCUCGUCGCCGCGCCCAGCUACAUCCGCGCCGAGGACAAGACCCUCGUACAGGCAACAGGAUUGGCCGCCUGCGGCAUCAUCCCCCUCCUCUUCGUCGCCUACACCUCGGCCCCCUUCGUUACCUACAUCUAUCUCCGUCUGCCCCCCUACGCACGGCAGUCCCGCGCCCUCCUCGAACGCUACGUCCGCACUCUCCCGCCGACGGCCCAGCUCGAGAUUGGCACCAUGGGCCUCGCCACGCGGCCCCGAACGACCCUCGUCACGGCCGCCGACCUCCGCCCCGUCACGUCGGGAGCCGCGGGGGGGAGCCUCGCAGCGCGUCUCGGCCUCGUCACGCACGUCCGCGACGUCUCCGCGCUCACGGCGAAGCGUAAGUGGCACCACUACCGUCCCGUGAGUCAGUUCGGCAUCCGCGAAGACAUCGCGACCUCCGGCGGUGGCAGCAAGAGCAGCGGCAAGGGCGCCAGCUACGGCGUAAAGGAUGGCUGGGUCUGGACCAUUGUCCGCGAGUCGUUGGGUAAGCGCAAGUAA